AUGGCCCAGCAAAAGCCCAAAGUGCUCUGUCUAAGCUACCCCGAGUUCACAGACAAGGCGUACCUAGCAGACUUCCAAACCAAAUUCGAACUUCACUCGCUUACAUCCCCUGCCCGAGCCGGCCUGGUCCCCGAACUAGCCGCCCGGGUCCGCAAAGAUGGCCCCUUCGACGCCGUGGUGGUACGCAUGGGCACGAUCGUCUUCGAGCCAUUUGACGCCGAGAUGUUCUCCCCUCUGCUCCCCACAUGUCGUAUCAUAGCCUCUGCUUCAGCAGGGUAUAAUGAAUUCGACGUAGACUGGAUGACACGGAACGGCAUAUGGUUCUGUAAUUCGCGCAACGCCGUGUCGGAAUCUACAGCUGACAUGGCCCUUUUUCUCAUCCUGGCGGUGUUGAAGAAUGCUUCUGUUACGGAACGCUCGGCGAAAAGGGGAGCUUGGAGGGAGGGAAUCGAGUGUGUUGGUAGGUCACCUCGAGGUAUGGUGUUGGGUAUCAUUGGCAUGGGGAGUAUUGGGAAGCCACAUCUGGGAGGGUACACUGACGGAGCAUUCAAGCUGUCUCAGCUAGAAUGUUUCGAGAACAUCAAGUCAUGGUACGCUACAGGUGUGCCCAUCUCUCCGGUUAACAACAUUGAAAAGCAAGGAUAG